AUGACUGAGGCCUCCCUGUUAACGCAGGAAUGUUGUACCUCCCAGGAGGGCGGCGUCACGUCUGCCACUUUCGCCACACACCAGCAGGUUCAAUCAAGUGAUCGGACGGCGAGAUCUGAGGCAGGGUCAGAUACAGUGCAGAGCAGUUCAGCCUGACUGAGACUUUAUGUAGUACAGUGAAAACUAAACGUACGAGGACACCUGGUUUACCUGAAAAAAAGAGGAUAAUUGUUGGUGGAGACCUCAUUAGAACUACUUAGAUGUCCUGGAGCUACAGAGCCAAACUCUUUAGACGGGGGUUGUUCUGAGUGUGAAAGCACAUUAUGUCGACUGAACUCCCUGUCAUGAACGAUGGUUUUAAAAAUUAUGAGUAACCACCUCAGAGGGUUAGCAGUUCCUCAAAGUCACACAUCCAAGAGCUGAGUGCCAGUAAACUUAUUGUUUACCUAAUCCUUAUACUGUGUAUCAGAGGUGGUCCUGGUCUCUUGGUUUCCAAAGUAAAGCCGAUACAGAAUUGUUUUGAACCUGCUAAUCUCUGGUGGAGAUUUACUUCCAUCCACCCACCACUUAUCCAGAGUCAGGUCACAGGGGCAGCAGCCUAAGCAGGGACCCCAAGGCUUUCCCAGGCCAUCUUCAUCAGACGCCCAAGCCACUUCAUCUGACUCCUCUUGACGUGAAGGAGCAGCAACCCUACUUUUCUACUCGGCUCUAUUUGUCGUGUCUUUUGAAACUUGGCUAAAGGUUCCUCACCCAGCCCUAACAUGACUCAACAAACUUUUCCUUCUGAGCUUCUGCUGAAAAGUGCAGUGGAUAUUUUUUUCCUUUCUAGAGACUCUUUCAAUCCCUCUCCUGUUGGGUCAUGUUAUCAUUUUGCCUUAGGGCUGGGCAAUAUGGCCUCAAAUCAGUAUCACGAUAUAUUGAUCAGUUCACCUCCAUAACCAUAAAUGGACGAUAACUACUCCACAAGCUGCUCACCCUGCCUCUGCAGCCACUACAACUUUUGAACCGUCCUCCAUCUCCUUACCUGUCUUUUCCGAAUAUACCGAUAUGGAAAAAAUGACGUUGGUAAUUGUCGUAAAUUUCGGUAUCUGUAAAUUUUCAGUUUAUCUCCCAGCCCUAUUUUGCGUGACACUCAGUGGAAGGCAUUUAGGAUACGGGCAAAUGAUGUCAGUGGCUCAGAUUAGCUGGAAACAGUUCUGAUCUGAUACAGAGUGAGUCAUUUUAUUUAAUUGCAUGUUAGAAAGCCAAAAAUCUCAUUGAUAUUCUGCUUAAUUCCAGUGAGUCGCCUUGUCUCCUCAACAAUAGCGUCCUUGUGGUGGGCCGCUAACGCUCUCCAGGAUGAUUACAGCGUUAUAACAUCUGAUACAUGACUCUUUAAGUUAUUCCAUGUACAGCUCUCAGUUUUGCAUUCUUGAGGUUCUUGCUGUGAAGUGAAGUGCAUGAUUUUGCAUUCAGUGAUGACAGUUUUAGGGCAAAUACACACCACAAACAUACCAGGCCAUGUUAAGCAUAUAUUAAUAUAGCUACAGUUGGCAGAGAUCGGACUUUCCCCGAUGCAGCUCUACAUUUUUAUUUGACAUUCAUGAGCACUGACAUGAUUUUUCCACAGUGUUGUGCUUUGACAGGCAGGUAGAUCCCUGCUGCACAGUCAGGACUACAAUUUGUCCUCACAGGGGAAGAAAGCCGAGGCGGGGAACAAGCUGGGGCAGAUAUUUACAUCUACAGUACAGGAGACAGACCUGCAGCGUGAGAGAGGUGAGUCAGCGUGUUAGCGGUUAAUCAAAAAGUACAUUCGAUCCACCAGACACCUGCUGGGGGUUCGAACCUGAGAGAGAACUAUGUUUAGCACACAACAACACCACAAAGAGCCUUCAUUCAGAAACCCUGCUGUUUCUGAAGGAGGCGUGACGUCACUGUAGAACAAAAUAAAAGCUGCAAAAAGACAAUAAUUUCAGACUGUUUAAUUUACAUCUUCAGUGUGAGCCUCCUUCUCCUGCAGUGAAACACAGAAAAUGACAUCCCUUCACAAAAACUGGAGGGAGUUUCCUCUGCAGGAGAUAAUAGAUCCUGAGGAUCUCUCCGCCCCACACAAACACACAAAGACUAACAUAAACAAACAGAGACCUUAUCAAACGCUCAGGUAGCUACAGUAGGAGGCCACAGUAUACAUGUGAGGGUUUAAAGACAUACAACUAUAAUAAACAACCAACAGGGUGGCCUGCUAAUGUAUAGGUAUCUGUAUCAUGCAUUUUUGUCUGUUAUUACCAGGAUAAAGAACGGCAGAGCUUCUGCAGAGUCAUCUGAGACAACCUGAGGUCCAUCCGCAUCUCUAAUUUACAGCUAGUCCAUAGACAGUCAGAGAGAAAUGUUUCGAUCACUGAAAUCAACUUUUGUUUUUAAAGGUCUGUCUUUUGCUGUCUGUACUUUUGGAGACGUACAUUUUUAGAUUUGUGUAGCUGUGGAUGAAAAAAGACGCUUCAGGUCAGUUUUGACAAAAAAAAUCCACCUUAAAGGAGACCUACUGUGUUUAAAACAUACAUAACAACCUGAAGCUGUAAGUAACAUUAUAACAGCUGCAGAUGGAACAAUAGCAACCACAUUAUAGGGACUGUGUAAAAAGUAACACCCGUAUUAGUGUAAAAGCAGCCAAAACGAAGCGUGCUGAGAUGAGGGUUCUCACAGGCGCCAGAGUGAGAUAGAUAAGGAGGUUUUUAAGCAGCAAAUCAUGCAAAACUACAGGUGUACAAGACAGACACAAUGAAGGGUGAAAGCAAGUCUCUUUUAAAGGAAUAGUUCAGAUAUUAUUCACAGUGUACCGGGAUCAGCUCAGUGAACAAAGCACAGACACUGACAGCAGGAUGAUUCCUGAUCUUGCGUGAUUUUUGUCCAAGUCGAGCUCUCUCUCUCUCUCUCUCUCUUCCUCAGCGUUUCUCUUCUCGACACUCGUCUAUCCAAGAAGUCCAACAUAUAAUCUUAAAAAAAUAACACAGUCACCCAUCGCCAGUCGUCUGACCACGGUUUGGCCUUUGGGAGCGCUGGCAAACUUGAGGAAUCUGGUGUGGCCGGCAUCAGUAAUAACAGACAUUCUUUCCUGUUUGUUGCCUUCAUUUAAAAAGUGACCAGGAACUUGAGACGCAAGAAUGGAGCCUCUGUUGUGAGACGAUGGACCAUGUUAGCUGCACCUGCCUGCACUUAUCUGUUUAAAGACAUAAACUAAAGCUAAAUGAUUGGAGAACGACCACCAAGAGGUUCUGGGAUGGUGAAACAGCAGAUUGUAUUUCCCCUCUUUUGUUCUCCAUAUGAACUUUUUCCUUCAUAACAAGCAGCUGAUUCUGCAUGUGUGUAUUUCUGGGGAGUAUUUUCAGGCCUUGAUUUCCUUCAUUUUGUUCGAGGUUUUAAUGAUACAGUCUAAUCUAGUAAAAUCAUCUGAUCAGAGCUGCUGUCAUUGACUGACUAGCAAUAUAGGAGCAAGUAUAAAUGAGAUCUACAUAGCUACGCCAAGCUAGCGAGAGUCAGAGCGGGUCACUGCUGUGGAUGUUUUUCACCACUUCAGAGGAGGAUAGCGUGGCUGCAAUUUGCAAAACAUGUGCUUUAAGUAUUCAGAGAGGAAGAAAAAUGUCUUCGAGCUUUGACACAUCUUUCAAGUCAUCUGUGAAGUAGCAGAAGAAACACAAAGCAGCAGCUAACAUCACAGCGGGUCUUUAAUGUGCUCUGCAAUCAGGUUUUUAUUAAAUUGUAGAGAUUCUGAUAGAACUUGAUGUGAGUCUACGGGGUGUGAUUGAUUUUUAAGUUGUUUGAGCCUCUGACCAAAUCUGACAUUGAAUCUUGAAAUUGGAUUCAACAAGCAGUUCAGAAGUGCAGAAAGUUUAGCUGAGAGAAACCAAAGCUGAAAGCAAUUAAUGAUGAAGUAAGUGAAUUUGCAGAACUUAAUGACCCAACUAUAACGGUUUAAUCAGAGCAGUUUCCUAAGAUGCAACUUCUAAGCAGUCUUUUUUCUUCCUGCUGUACAUGAUGAGAUUUUUACGUGCAUCACAUCAGCAGCAGAAGUUCGACCAAAGACAUAUGAACCUCUGACAUUAGUGCAGCGGGAGUGUUUAGCUUAACGUCCCAGCAGCUGAAUUUAAGCGGCUUAAACACAAAAGAAAAAAAAAGAAAUCGUAGCCUGUCUUAGUCUCAGCUGUGUGUGAACUAAAAAUCAUAAUCUAACAAGAAUUGACCAUCAAAAAUGGGUCAUAAUUGACUAUCAGACUACUUCCUUUGAGAACAAACUAGUAUUUUAAAGAUGAGCACAGUGAAAGAAGAACGAUGCCCAUCAAGGUGUCUCUAAAUAACAGUUUAAGGAUGUCUACUUAUUGAGAUAUCUUUGCCCCACUGUUUUAAAUAUUAAGACCUGAGAAUAGUAACAACUCACUAAGCGACGCCUCACAAAAACUGAGCUCAACUUUUUCUCAGCGGCUGCAGACGGUGAAAUGUCCCUCUUCAGCUCAGUCAUCUUAAACCCUGCGGCUCAGACGGGUCACAUAGUUUUAGGACUUAAUGAGAAAUUCAAUUCAUGGCAACAUUCUCACUACAACAGGGAUUACAAAACAGCCUCCACCAGGAUUACACAACGCUGGGCUCUGUUUUUCUGUCAGCUGCUGCAGUCAGAUGAACUUUAUGAACUUCUUUCUGCUGCAAAGAAAAAAAAACCACAGUUGUUUUUUUUUCAUGCAUGAUUAGCAGAUGAAGUCACACCUGCAGGAGAGUCGCAGGUACACAAUGACCGUAAUGCAAACAGGAUGUACAGGAGCUGGAUGUGCCUAUUUUCAAAGAGCAGCAUACACAGGCUCUGAAAACAUGAGCAGACCACACACAGGGGUGAGUGCUGCAGCAGUCUCAGGGGUGUUUGAUGGCUGCUGUUGAUAAGAGCUGAUAAUGCUCUGAGAGAGUUGUUCACAGUUUCAGAGAGAAGCUGCAGGAAUACAACAUAUUAUCUUAUUCGAGCUGAAAUAGAAAUGCAGGUACUUGUGUUAAAGAUAAAUUCAGCAGAAGUGGUGAUCGAACACGUUUCCUGCAGGUAAAGGUUCUGAAAAGUUCUCACAGCAGGACAUCUGCUGCAGCUGUUUCUGUGCAGAAACCUGGUGAGAUAUUCAGGGUGUUCAGUACAAUGAACAUGGAGAAGGACUUCACAUUUUUUCUCCAUCUUGUUCAUUUUAACUUGUUUUUACUGAUUUGUAGUAACUUUAUCUUCACCAGGCACCAAUGAAGUGACCUUUGACCAAACACUGUGCACAUUAGCCGUGAAGUUAGCUCUUUGAAUAAGGGUUUGUUUGAUAACGUUUGAAGUAGUGUACAAUCUGGGCACUAAAUGAGGCGUAGGGUGCAGAGAGUUUCCACUGUUUACCAGGAGUGUGUCUGCUCUAAUUCCUGCUGAGAAUGAGGUGUGUCUGCAGCAAAUACUGUCGUUCAUAUAAUGAAAUUUCACCUGGUUACCUAAAAACACCAGGAUUGAGCCGGCAGCCUCAACUUAUUCUUCCAUUGUGUCCCUAAAAAUUUGGAAACACACUCGGGUCACUGUAUGAGUUAAGUCAAUGCAUGGGUUGAUGCAACAAUCCCACUGGACAGCAGUGGAGCAACAAAAUGAAGAUAGCAUGAGGCAGAGGAGCUCAGUGACAGUUUUAGUCCGGAGUUUUUGGUCGGUGCACGGUUGAGGUGAAGCAGGCGUAUGAGGAGAAAGCAAGGGGGUGGUCUUCCUACCUAGCCUACUAUUAGCCUCAGAGAAGUAUAAUGAUGCACAGAGACAAGGCGACAAGACAUGUGCACUUCCAAGCUUUCUUUGGGGAUGCAUUGUGAACCCUUACACUCAUCCUAAGAUCGUACAAAUGCACCUUUUAAAAAUCCUGACAGUGCUGCUCUGCUUUCAUCUGACUUCACCUCAUUUUAAGACCGAUGUGGGCAUAAGUAUGUUUGCUUCUUCUUCAGUAUGGAUGCUGAGCUUUAACUGAUAGCUGUUUCAGGCAGAAAAUAACGACACUUGGACUCCACACUGCGUACUCCAUCUGCAGGAAUGACCUGUCAUGGAACUUAUGUGUUCACGUAUUCAGAAAAUAAAUCAAUCUGGUGCCGCUUUUGAGUUGGUUGUGGACAGAUUGGACCACUAGGGGAGGGGUAUGACCUUGGCUCUGACAUGCAGCAAAAGGCUCCAACUAAAGGCUAAACAUUCAUAUGUAUGGAAGUACUGUUAAGUUUAUUUGGUAAAUGAGGAAGCUGAACUUUACUUCAUCAUUUCAUAAUGGUGAGGAGGUGAAUAAACACAUCAGACUGUUUCCGGUUUCUAGUUGCUCAAGAAGAUGCAGUCAUGUACAUGACAGUCUGAUUACACAUCAUUGCCACCUUCUGUUUUUUUCAUUUCUGCAUUAUCGUGUAAACAGAGAAAAACACAACUCUAUCUUUGGUGUCGAUGUGAGAGAAAAGAAGCAGUUUUUAAAAGAUCUAUCCAAAGUCAGUCGUGCUUAUUUGCGAAGUUUAUGGAGUAACCUUUGUCUGGUUGUUUCCCUUGUUGAUGUUUUUAUCCAUCCCAUCUCAGCAGCUCAUUCUGGGAUAUAAAUACAGUUAAAGUUUUAAGGCUUAUUUGCAAUCCUGACCCACCUAGAACCUGGUUUCAAGCUGUUCCUCGCUGAUUCCAGUGAAUGCAUGCCUGAGACAGUAUUCGCACACACCCAGUGCCAGAGAGUGUAAAAUCCCAGCAUUCACAGGUGUCAGAAACGUACUGUAAGCAUGUUAGAUGUGCCAAGCGUUGCAGCAACAAGCCAAGAGAAGUGCCAUAGGAGAGAUCAGACGCAGAGGAGAGCCAACAUGUCUCUACAAGGUCAGCUCUGUAGCCUUUUGGGUGCUGCUUCAGGGACAGUAUUUGUUUAUCAAGCACUGAACAGGCUGAAUUACUUUAAUUCUUGGCACUAGCUUCAGUGCAAGCCACAGCCUGCAGUCUGCUGCUGGACAUGUUGUAUGGAGACCACCUGCUCUUAAUCAGGCUGCUUCAAACCGUAUAGAAAUGUCGGAGGAAAUACACAGAAAAACGUCAGACCAUGUACAGUAUAGAAAAACAAACACCUCAACUCUCCUCUUAGAUUUCUACUUUUUAUACAAACCAAAUGAGUCAUUUCAAAAUAAAAGCUUAAGAUAACCAGUUAGGGAAAAAAGACAGAAAUAUAUUCUGAAAGCUGGAUGAGUUUCCUCCACAGGCUGCAGCAUGAAUGAUCGUGGCUGAUUUCAUUCAGAUAAAACAUUUACUUUAAGAAAGAAGAGGGGAGGGUGUUACCAGGAGAAAAAAAGGAAAACAUGUCAAACAAACUUUGAAUUCAAGCAGCAGCUCGCUUAUUUGGGCAAUCUGUCAAAUCUGAGGAGCUCAGCUGAAAUUAAACUCUCAUCAUUUACUAAACAAAAGUAAACAAAUAAGUUUCAAAACUUUAACAUGUCAGCUAAAGUUUAUGAAAAGCACAGAAACGCGCUCGGACGUUUUCACAUCGAUCGUGCGUAAAUUACGCAUCAUUUGAAAUCAUGGUAAAUCAUCCAUGCCACGCAGCAGCAGACACAAAACGCCACUUCAUAGGCGCAGCUGAAUGGUAGCUUUCUGUUUUCCAUCCGAGUCUGCUCCGAGUAAAGAUAGUGAACGUACCUGUGAAGGUAAGACAGUCCACCAGGUGUUCAGGAAAGUAAAUCCUUUCGCACUGUUCCCCAAAAAUCCACAAGCAGCGAGCGAGCGUGUGUGUGAGCGCGGAACUGUUCCACCUGGACUCUUACUCCUGCAGGAUCGGAGCGCUCAUUAAACGUGGAGAUCCUGCAGGAGACGGGGCCAGAGUUCCCCCUCUUUGCCCGUCCCACUUCAGGCAUCAAACUCUGCACCCAGGCAGAGGAGGAGAUCAGUAACCCGGGGCGAUCCGUCUGCAGAGGAUGCAGAGACCAAGAGUACAGAAAGACGCAGCACUGCGAGCAUCCUGCACUUUGA